AUGAGCGGCCGAGUCGGAGACCUGAGCCCCAAGCAGGCAGAGACCCUGGCCAAGCAUGUCCUUGACAUUGUCUCUCCGCUGUCACCUCUCCCAAGCGUCACGGUGCCCCAAGUCCUGAGCCUGCACCCUGAGCCUGGGAACUGGUCCUUGCUCUCAUCCUUGCAGCUGGGGAAGAGGAUUGAUACCAUUGUGAUGAUAUUCGACUGCGAGGGCCUGGGGCUGAAGCACUUCUGGAAACCUCUGGUGGAAGUGUACCAGGAGUUCUUUAGCCUCCUUGAAGAGAAUUAUCCGGAGACGCUGAAGUCCCUGUUCAUUUUGAAAGCCACCAAACUGUUCCCUGUGGGCUACAACCUCAUGAAGCCCUUCCUAAGUGAAGACACUCGCAGGAAAAUCAUAGUGUUGGGAAACAACUGGAAAGAACGUUUGCUGAAAUUCAUCAGUCCUGAGGAACUGCCUGUCCAGUAUGGGGGGACCAUGACUGACCCAGAUGGGAACCCCAAAUGUUUAACUAAGAUCAACUACGGUGGGGAGAUCCCCAAGUCCAUGUACGUGAGGGACCAGGUAAAGACUCAAUACGAGCACUCCGUGCAGAUCAGCCGCGGCUCCUCGCACCAGGUGGAGUAUGAGAUCCUGUUCCCGGGCUGUGUCCUCAGGUGGCAGUUCUAUUCGGAUGGGGCAGACAUCGGCUUCGGGAUUUUCCUGAAGACCAAGAUGGGGGAGCGGCAGAAGGCGGGGGAGAUGACGGAGGUGCUGCCCACCCAGCGCUACAACGCCCACAUGGUGCCGGAGGACGGGAGCCUCACCUGCUCCGAAGCUGGCGUCUACGUCCUGCGCUUCGACAACACCUACAGCUUUGUCCACACCAAGAAGAUCAGCUUCACGGUGGAGGUACUGCUCCCAGACAAGGGCAUGCAGAAAUACGACGAGGAGCUCACCCCCAUCUAGGUGCUGCGUCGCUGCACAGAGAUCUCUGGCCCCCCGUUUUGCCUACAUAUCUCCUAUCCUCCCGCCAGAAACUGAUCAUUAGUUCUCCUGAGCCUGACAGUAAUGAGUAGAGAAGGAGCCGC